CCUGCCAUCGAUCUGAGCGACGAACAGCUAAAGCGAUUUGAAGGACAAACUUCUGUCAGUUCAAGUUCAGCUGCUGAUCUCAACAAAUAUGAGUGGUCCGCGGUAAUUUCAGACAUCGUCGAUAUCGGCUUCUGAAAUAAACACAUCCGUCUUGGGCUUCAUGAGCAAACGCCUAGCAUCAUUUCAUGGCCCUUCUACGCCAACAUCAUCUCCCGUAUCACAAGUAAAGAAACCAGUCACGCCAGCAUCGCCAUCCAGGGCUUCCGAUGCGUCUAUUCAUCGAAAAUUUAGAACGUUACUCCACGAGUUACGCUCGAUCGCAAAUACAUGGGAUGACAUCGUCCUCGUCGACGGCUUAAAAACUGCGCGAACUCUAGUCGAUUCUCGUACCGAAUUGGAUAAUGCACUUGCCAUGGUUCCUGCUGGUACGCAGCCUGGGUCGAUCAUGGUUAGUCCGAAGGUUGAAGUGAUGGAUGAAUGUAUUACUCUGCUCGAUUCUGUUCUUAUGAAGCUCUCGAAGCUGUUGCGGAGAAUGAGCACCGUGCUCGAUAAUAUGGAGGCUCUGAUGUUUGAAGCGGAGAGGUUGAAGGGUUUUCAAUGGUGCCACGAGGAACCUCUGUGGGUUUCAUGGCCCAUCGAGAAAUUUGUGCUGUCUUUGUCUGAGCUGACAACUCCGUAUCAUCGGUCUCUCGCACUUCAUAAGGGACUAGUUGACACCUUGCGCAGUCAUACAGUGUCAUUCGAAGAUUCUCGGAAGGCUAUCAAUCAAUGGGUCGAGCAGCCUUUCCUCAGAGAUGACGGCUGGGACGCAAAAUGGGAGGAUCUUUGUGAAGCAGAGGUUGAAAAAUGGGACACAAGAUAAUACAGACAACUAGAGAAAGUAACAACACUCC